UGCUUUGUAUUCAUUUUAGAAACCAUAUACUAUUCCCCCUCCUUCCAAAUUUGGCUGUGGGCGUGUGAAGCAAGAUACUCUUAUUCUUUUCUACCAUUCUUCUGCAACAAACAAUUGGGAACGCCACUUUUCAAACAUAUAACAUGUACAGGACUGGACUUUGUUUGCGCACAGUGUCCAUUGAAAAGCUACAUCUGUAUUUCUUCAGUGACUAUCUAAAGAACCAUGUCAACAAACUUCAGCUUGCUGUAUAGUAUUUGAAAUAACCAAAUUAUUUUAUUACCCUCGUAAUCCAUUAAAGCACCACAGAACUCAAUUUGAAUGGAAUACCGUCGCAUGCAUUGUUAUGAAUUGGAGACUCGUCUGAUUUCCCAACAAUUUCAGCGAGCCGGAAUUGUAAAUUGAUAUUCAUAAUAUGAGCUGUAAUGAAAACAGAAGUUUCAGUAAUCAUUAUUAUGAUUGGCAUCAGCCUUAACUCUGGACCAGGAUAUAUCAUACCACAUCUGAUGUUUCAUGUUCAAGUACAAGGAAUGGUUCGAUAAUUAGAUAUGACGAUGAGGUGAUCUUCAAAGGACAUUAGUUUGAAGGGCGACGAACGCUACUUGAGUGUCUGAUUACACAUUUUAGGCGGAAGCAGUUCCUAGGGCUUACAAUUACAUGUGCUGUGUAGUAUAUUGCCGGUGAAAAUUCACUUUCGAAACCAUUGUCAUCAUAAUUAUCGUGUGAAUAUACAGCGGUUACAAGCCUUUAUUUGUCGUUUUAGCCAAAUGUAGCAUGAAUUAUCUGUCUAAUUUAGAUGCCAGUAAUCGAAACUUGUACUUAGAUUGCACGUAGACAAUUAAAAACUGUAAACACUGUCAAGAGCAUGCUUGAGAGUGCUGUUGAACAAGUUAAAAGAAAGUGAAGACUAUUGAUUGCCGUGAAGAAAGAUCAUUAGCGUGGUGAUUUUUGUCUUGUUGAUAUCGUAAUUCGUCAGAAAGGAGAGCAUCACCACCAUGUUGCCAUCCCUUGGUAGCUUACUUCUCGCCGUCAUCUUCUUGAGGGUGGGCGUGGUCGGGGCGGAGUUCAAUUAUACCACUCUACCAACAAACUUCGUCACCGUGGAGGAGGGAAAGGAAGCAAGCCUGCGGAUAAACCUUACCGGCAUCACGAAAACUCUUCAGAUUGAAACGUCGAGUAGCGAUCUGCAAAAGUUUACCCUCGAGCAAGCUAGAUUUCAGGUUAACCCCAUCUAUGAAACGAUUCUGUAUCCCAAUGGUUCGACAGGCCAAAGACUCAGAGACGACGGAAUACAGACUAUAACAAUUAGAAUAGGAGGUAUUUCAUUGGGUAUUAGAGAAAUUGACUUUGUAGUGAGGGAUGAUAUGGGUUUAUUGGACCCUAGUUUUCAAAUCCAGCCGUUUACUGUCAAAGUGAUCCGGACACCAAGCUCAGUGGGGACUGUAUUCACCUAUAUCUUGUUAGUAUGGCUAAUGAUUAGUUAUGUCACCAUGGGGGUAAAGAUAGAAUGGGGCGUCAUCAAGAAAAAGAUGAGGAGACCGUUUGGCGUAGUGAUUGGUGCGACGUGUCAGUUUAUUGUGAUGCCUGGCAUAGCUGCGCUCUUAGCGACGGUGUUGAAUCUUGAACCUACAGCGUCAGUGGCUCUCAUCAUCGUUGGCUCGUGUCCAGGGGGGUGGCUCAGUAAUGUCUUCACCCUUUUGCUUGAUUGUGACUUGGUAUUGAGUCUUACAAUGACAUUCUGUUCGACAGUGAUUGCCCUGGGUAUGAUGCCAUUGAACCUAUUCAUCUAUGCCACACCAUACGCCAGUAAUAACAGUAACAUCAGGAUACCUUUCGUGCAGAUCUUCAUUCAGCUUAUCACAUUGGUCGUACCUCUAUUCAUAGGAACAUUCCUUGCUCAUCGGUACCCUCGAGUGGCUAAAUGGUUCCGAAAGCUCCUGAAGCCCAUAGCGGUUGUUCUUGUCCUUGUCGGAUUCGCUGCUGGACUCUGGGCCAACUACUUUGCCUUCGAGUCUCCUGCGGACAUCUAUCUCAGUGCGAUUAUAUUACCUUGUGUAGCCGCUCUCCUGGCUUUCUUUGUGAGUAAACUCACUUGCUUGUCUAACCAUUCAUCCAUCACCAUCGCCAUAGAAACAGGGUCUCAGAAUGGUCUCCUAGCAACAUCUGUUAUAGCAUUUUCUUUUCCUCAACCGGAAGCGGAUCUCAUGACUAGGGUUCCCGUUCUCUUCGUCAUCUUCAUUUUCAUCGAAGGGUUAUGUAUGACGGCCAUAUACGUGGUCAUGAAGCGGUUUCCUGGUCGAUUUGAGCUUCCUGAUGAUGACGAUAGCGUCGACCAUGACGACUUUGGUGAUAAAGCUAUUAAAUUUGAACCAUCACAAGAAAAUGGAAAUACCAAAUUGGACAUAUCAUCAAGAAUAGUUGGGCUGGGUUCCAAUGACUUCAAACAGUCCUCCAAACCAAGAAAGAAGACUAAGCAAUCAUGGAUGUUCUCGAAGUCGACUCAGGUUGACCUUGAAGAGAUUCGUCGAAGUUCUGAUUAUGCCAGGUCGAACGUUAUGUCACAGGUCCGGUCCCAUUCUAGAUCUCUUUCCCAUGUCAACCGUGCUUACGACGCUGAGGAAAAUGGACCAUUAUCUGUGUAUAACAUCAGCACUGCCACAAUGGAUGAUACUGCGAACCAGAAUGCUCGUCAAGUCUAUAUAUGAUAAUUUCAACAGACGAAUCUGUACUAUUCAAAAACGUUUUAUGGGCGGAGGGGGGGGGGCAAACUUACAGAAGAUGGAAUUGAAAUAGGAACAAAGUAAAGUUCAAAGUAAAGUUCAUUUCACGUUUUCUUAUAUUGAAGUCAAAAUGUUAUUAAAGUUACUUUAAGGGAUGCUCCGGGCUGAAAAUAAUAUGAUUUAAACAGAUAAAGAUAACUCGGACAAACAAAACACUGAAAAUUUGAUCAAAAUCGGACAAGGAAUAACAAAGUUAUGGCAUUUCAAAGAUUUUCAUUAUUCCGGUGAAACAGUUCUAGCCAUGUCUUCAUGAAUAUUGAAUGAGCAAAUUGAUGUCAUAUCCCUACUUGUUCUUUUGUAUUUUAUUAUAUGAAAUUACAUGUAGGUUUAUUCAAAUUCUACCAAGAACUGAAAAAAAUUGAUUGCCAACUGAUUAAUAGUGCAUUAGUUAUUCAUUUCUACAAGGUAUUUCAUUAUAAAGGAGACGCAUUAUUCACACGUUUAUGAAAAUAUGAAACAAUUAUGAUUUCAUGAAAUAACAUAAGAAAAAGGAAAGUGGGGAUGUGACAUCAUCCGCCCACCUAAUGAAUAUUCAUGAUGACGUGCAUAUAACUAAAUUCACAAAAUAUUGCUAAAAUUUAAAAUUCAAUAACUUUGUUAUUUGUUAUCCGAUUUUGAUGAAAUUUUCAGCAUUUUGCUUUGUGAGUUUUACUCUAUUUAUUUAGAUAUAAAUAUUUUCAUCCUGGAGUACCCCUUUAAGGUGCUGUCAGACCAAGACGAUCCAGUCAAUAUUUGCCGACUUAUCAAUUAAUCACAUUUCUUGGUAUCGAAUGUUGCCAUUUGUUGAUUACACAAAAUGAUUUCUUCAUAUCAAUAAAUCAAUUAUUAAUAUAAAGAUUUUGAUUUCUCGACAUGCUUGAUAUCAAGAUAAAGGGUGAUAAAAUGAAUUCUAAAUCGCCCGAUCGUGACCGCCCCUACAGGUAAUCUGUAACCAUGUAAUACAUAAUGUAAAAAACUGAACAAUACAUGGGGUAUCAUGCAAUUUUCAUAUUCAAUGCGUUUAGUACUUCACAUCUCUUUGAGUACCGUAAUAUGUAGAAAAUCUCAGGAAUUAUACGAGUGUUGCCAUUUUUCCCCAUGUUAAUCUGUCCUAACAUUUAAAUGUAGAUUUACGUCAUCUAUGACGCAUUUGAUCAUGUUGAUAUCUAUCAGCAGAAUCGCCGAUCCUAGGGGCAGAGGGAAGCGAUCUACCCCAGUGAAAAAAAUGGGGGUGAAUAUAUCAAUUUGCCCCCAGUGAUUUUUAAAAAUUGAAAAAUUCAUAACAUUUAAUGCAUAUUGACUGUUGUGAUUCAUUCUAUCCUGAAAUUGAUGAUUUAUUUUUUGAAAUAUUAUUUUACAAUAUUUCUAAAUGUUUUAAGAAUCAUUUUCUAUGAUUUCACUCUGUGCACUUAACAUCGAUUUUUACCAUUUUAAUUGUAUUAUCUUUUGACUUAAAAUGCGUUUCACUUUUGAAUUUUCACGAUCAUUGUCUUUGCUCUUUUGAAUGUUUUGAAAAGAUAUCGGUAAAUCGUUAACCAUCGCUGUAUGCAUAAUUGACAAAAUAUUAUUCUCAAAUGUGAAUAAAACGUGACAUUUUUAUUGUUAUUUUUGUAAUUUAGUGUGUAAAAAUACGCAUAAUCUUCUAAGAUUAAUCAAAAUUUCAAAUAUUGUUAUUACGCGAUAUAUUCUAUCAUGAUAAAAGCUGCAAGUAAAAUAUGCAUGGCAUGUCAAAGUGAUGCGUAUAAAACAGAACCUUCACCAUACUCAGUUUGGCCCCCAUCCUCCCUCCCCCUCUCUUUUCUCUCUCUCCCCCUCUCUUUUCUCUCUCUCCCACCCUCUCUCUCUCUCUCUCUCGCCUCUUUCUUCCUGGCCUAUCCUAUCUUAUUAUUUCUUAACUCCUUUUUAGGUAUAUUUUAAUACAUUUAUAUGUUUAACAUUUUAUAACAAAUUGACACAGUUCAAAUAUAAUAAUUUCCUAUAA